CCCCCCACACACACACACACACUCAUUUACAGGCUCACUCACUCUCUCAGUCAAGCACACGCACGCACCGCAUCCAUUGAAAGACGCACCGCGGAAGAAGCGGAGAAGUGUGACAGCCAAGUCGCGAUUGCGCCGGGGGACAAGAAGUGGAAACUCUCCGCUCACGACACACUUGGCGUGUUGGCGGAAGCGGAGGCUGAGGUGAGCCGUCGCCAUGGCGCCCUUCCUGCGCAUCGCCUUCAAUACGUACGAUGUGGGGGAGCUGCCCCCUCCCUCCGAGCCGCCCUUUUGUGCCAUCAAGAUGAAGGAGUCGGUCAGCACGGAGCGAGGGAAGACGCUGAUCCAGAAGAAGCCCACUAUUUAUGCGUCGUGGAAGUCCACUUUUGAUGCUCACAUCUACGAGGGCCGCGUUCUCGAAGUGGUUCUGAUGCAGAGCGCCGAGGAGGCCUUGGCCAAGGCUACCGUCGGCAUUUCUGUGCUCGCCGAACGCUGCAAGAAGUCCAAGACCAACGGCUGUGCUGAGUUCUGGCUGGACUUGAUCCCUUCUGGGAAGGUCCAAGUUGCUGUGCAAUAUUUGCUGGAGGAUACUGACGCAGCGGCAAACAAGCCCUCGGUGCGACUUGUUCCCGAGGAUGGACUGGCAACCCUCAACAGGAGGAGGGGAGCGUUCAAGCAGCCCAAGCUUCACGUCAUCAAGAACCACGAGUUCUCCGCCACUUUUUUCCACCAGCCCACCUUCUGCUCGGUGUGCAGAGAUUUUCUCUGGGGACUCAAAAAGCAAGGCUACAAGUGCAGACAAUGCAAUGCAGCAAUUCACAAGAAAUGCAUCGAGAAGAUUAUCGGCAGGUGCACCGGAACCGCAGCAAACAGUCGGGACACGAUGUUCCAGAAGGAGCGCUUCAAGAUUGACAUGCCGCAUCGCUUCAAGUACAAUAACUACCGAAGCCCCACGUUCUGCGACCACUGUGGCAGCCUGCUGUGGGGUCUCUACCGACAGGGCCUGAAAUGUGAAGAUUGCGGCAUGAGCGUCCACAGUUAUUGUCAGAAAAAAGUGGCCAAUCUGUGCGGGAUCAACCAGAAGCUACUGGCCGAAGCGCUCUCUCAAGUCUCGCAGAGAUCCCUGAAGAAGUCGGAUAGCUCCGGCGCGGCAGAUAUUGGGAUUUACCAAGACGUCAGCGCAGCGGCAGACCCUGGUGCCGAUAAGAAUGGCAAAGCGAGCGAGGGCCCGAGCUCAGCCGCGCCUUCUGUUAAGCGGACGCAGCUGACCGUCGAUCACCUGGUCUUCCACAAGGUCCUGGGCAAAGGCAGCUUCGGCAAGGUGCUUUUGGCUGAGCUGAAGGGCCGGGACCAGUUCUACGCCGUGAAAGUUCUCAAGAAGGAUGUGGUUCUCAUGGAUGACGACGUGGAGUGCACAAUGGUGGAGAAGAGAGUCCUCUCCCUGGCCUGGGAGAACCCCUUCCUCACCCACCUGUAUUCCACCUUCCAGUCCAAAGAGCACCUCUUCUUCGUGAUGGAGUAUCUCAACGGCGGCGACUUGAUGUUCCACAUCCAAGACAAAGGCUGCUUCUCGCCCACCAGGGCCACAUUCUACGCCGCCGAGAUCAUCGUGGGCCUGCAGUUCCUCCACUCCAAGGGCAUUAUCUACAGGGAUCUGAAGCUGGACAACGUGAUGCUGGACAAGGACGGGCACAUCAAAAUUGCAGACUUCGGCAUGUGUAAGGAGAACGUGUUUGGAGACGCCCGAGCCUCCACCUUCUGCGGGACACCGGACUACAUUGCCCCUGAGAUUCUCCUAGGGCAGAAGUAUACUUUCUCGGUGGACUGGUGGUCUUUUGGUGUGCUUGUCUACGAAAUGCUGAUUGGCCAGUCGCCUUUCCAAGGCGACGACGAAGAUGAGCUGUUUGAGUCCAUCCGGUCGGACACCCCUCACUACCCUCGCUGGAUUCCCAAGGAGGCCAGGAAGUUGCUGGAACUGUUGUUUGAGCGAGAUCCCACUCGCAGACUCGGCGUGGUGGGAAACAUCCGGGCGCAGCCCUUCUUCAAAAGUGUGAACUGGAGCGCUCUGGAGAGGAGAGAAGUGGAGCCCCCUUUCAAGCCCAAAGUGAAAUCCCCCAGUGACUGCAGCAACUUUGACAGGGAGUUCCUGAGCGAAAAGCCGCGACUCUCCCACGUUGACAAGAACCUCAUCGACUCCAUGGACCAGUCGGCUUUUUCUGGCUUUUCCUUUGUCAACCCCAAACUGGAACAUUUGAUAAGCAAAUGAAAAGCCAAACCGGCUGCACCGGGACCUCGGUCACUGACUUACACUCUGUUUUUUGCUUUGUUUUCAUGGUUACCGAAUACCUCACUCGGAGGAAAAGAACUCAGGCCUGUCACGUGUAAUGAAGGGGACAUACUUCACAUACCGUUGUAACUAUGAUCAAAUGUGAAGGGUUUGUUAGGUUUUUUUUUUGUAACAUUUGUGUGAUCGUUUUAACCA